GCAGUGGGCAGAGGGGGGCGCGGCGUCAGGCGGAAGCCCUCGGAGGCAGUGGAGAGCCCGCUAAGCCUAACGCGCGGGCGAUGCUGCUGGUCGCGGCGGCGUCGCCCGUGGCCUCGCAAGCCGCGGCCACCUGAAUCAGCCACGUCAUGGUGGACCUGGGUGGAUAUGUCAUCGUCCUCGUCGAGACCACCGAUCGCCGCAUCCGCCUCUACGGCUCCCCAGCGGACAGAGCAGACCUCGAGGUAGGCGACGAGAUCCUUGAGGUGAACGGGCGCUCACUCGACGAUUGCACUCACACUGAGGUGAUCGCACACAUUCACCAAUGCAUCCGCUCGAGGACCGUCUGCCUGCGGGUACGCCGGAGGCCGCGGCUAGUGCUGGACCUGUCGGAGAGCAGCAGCAAUGUGCAGGAGGCGUUUGUCAUUGCGGUGGAGCAGCAGGCGAGGGAGCGGCUGGAGCGGCUGUCGGCCCUGCAACGCAUCCAGCCCGUCGACAUGACCAAGCUGUCCCAGGAGCUGAACGCCGAGGGGGCUCAGGGCCCCCAGGGGGGCUCCAACGGGCUGCUCCUGCUCGCCUCCGAGGCCAGCCCCGUCUACGUGGCCUCCGUGCCACAGCUGCAGCGGCUGCAGCGCCACGACUCGCUCGGAGAGACUGCGGGCACGGACAAGAGCGAGGCGGCGGCGGUGGCGGCGACCGCCAACGGCCACCUGGGCCAGACGGCCUCAUACCCGGACCAGGAGCUGGAACUCACGCAGGACCUUCCGGAGGAGGAGCCCAUGUCCGCCUCACCCCCCGUGCCAACGCCCAGGAAGUCGCUCUCGCCUUCCCCCGGGAUGAAGAGUCCCGACGGAGAGCCCGGUGCACUGCCCGCCCACCGGGAGAUGGCGGUAGACGUGCCAGAGUCGUUUGUGGCGGUGGCGAAGACUGCUCCUCGGUACCCGCCGCCUCCACGGCCCCAGGGCUCGCCCAGGCUCAAUGGGGCAGCGCCCACUGGGGAGCAGCUGGAGCGAAUACGCAAGUACCAGGAGGAGAUUCGCCAGCGCAAAGAGGAAGAGGAGCGGAUUGCUCAGGAGCAAGAGUUCCUGCGCUCGUCGCUGCGCGGCUCCAAGAAGCUCCGGGCCCUGGCCCAGGGGUCGGAAGGGAUCCUCAACGAUGCCUUUGAGGCAGACGCCUCCUUCAGCACACUGCCCUCGGAUGCAAGGCUGUGGACCACCAGCGCUCCCAAGCCACCCACCCGCACAUACAAUUCUCGGGAGCUGGAGGAGUGCCUGGAACGGCUGGAACCCCUGGCGGAGCCCGGAGCCCUGGGGCCCGUGGCGGCCCUCCUCCGGGAGCCGGGGUUCCAGGGGGCCCUGGUGGUGAGCAACGGGGUCCAGGAGGCAUGGUGCUACCAGAGGCCCCCGACCCCCACCUGCUCCCAUGCGCAGGAGCUGGCGCAAGAGGUGCUGUCGCUACUGCAAGGCUGCGCACUUCCAGAGGCGGCGCAGCUGCAGGACCUUCUGACGCGGCUGGAAGUGGAGGGCCUGCUGCUGAGCCACGACCGCAUAGCGGCUCGCUGCGGUGCGGGGCCCCGCUGGGCGCACUCGCCGCCGGGCACGGGGGGCGCCCACGAGGCGCUAGACCGAGCCGCCCACUACUCGGAGGACAGCAUCAAGAUCGUGCACAUCGACAAAACCAACGAACCCCUGGGUGCGACGGUGCGCAACGAGGGUGAAUCGGUCAUCAUCGGACGGAUCGUCAAAGGUGGUGCCGCCGAGAAGAGCGGGUUGUUGCACGAGGGGGACGAAGUGCUGGAGGUGAACGGCAUCGGGAUGAGGGGCAAGUCGGUGAACGAGGUGUGCGACCUGCUGGCCACCAUGACGGGCACCCUCACCUUUCUCAUCGUGCCCUGCGGCCACGAGGUCAUUGCCCCCCGAAGCACGGACACGGGCAUGAUUCACGUCAAGGCCCACUUUGACUACGAGCCUGAGGAGGACCCGUACAUCCCGUGCCGGGAGCUGGGCAUCCCAUUCCAGAAGGGGGACGUCCUGCAUGUCAUCAACCGGGACGACCCUAACUGGUGGCAGGCCUACCGCCAGGGCGAGGAGGACCAGACUCUGGCGGGGCUCAUCCCUUCCAAGUCCUUCCAGCAGCAGCGCGAAGCCAUGAAACAAGCGCUUGCUGGUGGAGAUGCAGCCACAAAGGAAAAAACGAAGCGAGCAGCCAAGUUUCUCUGUGCCAAGAAACAUCACAAGAAGAAAAAGAAAAAGACCAGUGGGACACCGGGGCUCAUCACCGGUGAAGAGCCGGAAACCGGGGAGCCCGUGCCGACGUACGAGGAGGUGUCGCUCUUCUACCCGCGGCCCAAUUGCAAGCGCCCCGUGGUACUCGUGGGACCCUCCAACAUCGGUCGGCACGAACUGCGGCAGAAGCUCAUGGAGGACACGGAAAGAUUCGCAGCCGCAGUGCCACACACGAGCCGUCCCCGCAAGGACUCCGAGCUGGACGGGCUGGACUACCACUUCAUCAGCCGGCCCCAGUUCGAGGCGGACAUCCUGGCCGGCAAGUUUGUGGAGCACGGGGAGUACGAGCGCAACUAUUACGGCACCAGCCUUGGCGCUAUCCGCAGCGUCGUCGGGUCGGGAAAGGUCUGCGUGCUCAACCUGCACCCGCAGUCUCUCAAGAUGCUGAAGCACUCCGACCUGAAGCCCUAUGUGGUGUUCGUGGCGCCGCCAUCCCUGGAGAAACUCCGCCAGCACCGGAUGCGCCAGGGCGUCCCAGUGCGCGAGGACGAGCUGCGCGAGACCAUCGAGCGGGCGCGCCAGAUGGAAGACAGCUACGGACACUAUUUCGACAUGGUCAUCGUCAACUCGGACCUGGACCGAGCGUACAGCGAGCUGCUCAAGGAAGUGGCCAUCUUGGAGAGGGAGCCCCAGUGGGUCCCCAGUGCCUGGCUGACCAAUCAGGACACUGCACCGCCCGCCACCGCAGGAUCCUAGGGCAGGAUCCGUCCGUCGUCGCCGCUUCCCAGACAUAGUUCUUUCUGUGCGUGCGUGUUUGUGGACCGAGCCUCGAGAGCGUGCUGCGCGGACGCCGCCGAAGACGGGACGUCGACCGCGGUCUCUUGCCACCUCCCGUCGCGGCGCAGCCGUCGCUCGUUCCGAGGCCUAACCGGGGGCGGCUUUUAGGAGGAAGCUCCCCCCUUUUUUUAUGUACUAUAUAGAAAGAAAAAAAAAGCCAACUAGAGAGUUUAUAAUACUACUGCCAGACUUGCUGA